AAUAGCGUUACCCUGUCGAUAUAUCCACACUUUCCAGUUAACUGCCCUUCAUCGAUCUUACUUUACUCAGCAGCCAAAGCAAAAAAGACUAAUCAACAUUCUUAGCCUCCGACAAUCACGAGUACAGUUGGAACAAACCCACUUCACCUAUGAAAGUUGUCGUUAACACAUGUUGGUGUGAUAACGUUUCAUAAAUGUUGGUUUUGCUGGUUUGAUACAUAAUUUUAUUCAAGAAAACACCAUAUACUACGACAUCGUUUUUCUCUUUUCUGAUACCAUUCUCCUCGAUAAUGCACGAAGAAAGGGUGGAGAUGUAUCUUGGGGAUGAGCCAAAGGUUAUGCCAGUGGACACACUGCUACAAAAAUAUGUCAAUAAGCUACAGUCAACUGGCAAUUUUUGUUUGGGUGCGAAUGUCGAAGAUCUCAUGAAAGAAAUCGAAUUGCUUGAAUAUUAUUAUCCAUCAAACAAUAACUGCUCUAACUUCAGUUGCAAAAUCUCCCCUCUAAUAGACUUUCUUACCAUUUGCGGCCCUGCCGUGGAUAUGAUGAUUCAAUGUUAUCCAGCUCCAUCUGCUUUAGUGUGGACUGCAACAAAAACUUUGAUAGAGGUAAGCAUAAAAUCUAGUUUGUUGAAUAGCUGCGCUAAAAGACAACCAGAUUGGACGCACCUCGAUUCGUCAUUAUCAACUAAUUUCGAAAAUUUUAUUGAAAAUAACUAAUAUCGUGGAAAUCUCAGUUCAUUAUGAGGUUAUAUUUGGCAGCGAUCCGCGAGUUUCUAAAGCUCUGACGGACGUAUAUUUCGAGAUCCUUGUUUUUCUGCGAAGUGUUCGCGCGGCGUUAUGCAAAGACAGUAGGUCUCCUCCGACUCGUACAAUCACGUUAUCUGACCAGUUUAAGCAUUUAAGCUUGAACGCACAGUUUUAAAGUCUCUUGAUGCGGAGCUUACUAACUAUGUUCGACGGCUCUCGAAGGCUGUCAAUAUAUUUUCCCAGGAAGCUACACUCGCGUAUGAACAGUAUACGGAAUUUUGUGCCGUAAAGCAACCACAGGCGAUUGAAAAUGGCGCCAUGGGGAUUCCCUUCCUUCCAGAGAACAAGGGUUCGUAAAUCCCACUGGAUGAUUCGCAACAACUCCCGAAGCUAAUGCCGAUGAAUAAUCUAGAUGCAGAUAUCAGAACACAAGUAAUGACUUGGUUAUACCCAGGCGAUUACUACGAGAGUUUACAUCAAGCUUGUGCCAAGAGAUCCGCAAAUACAGGUCAAUGGCUUCUUACUGACACAAGCUUUCAAAAUUGGCUGAACGGGCUGUCAGACUCGGUACUGUGGUGCUAUGGUUCCCCAGGGUGUGGGAAGACGAUUCUCAGUGCCACCGCUAUUCAGUACCUACAGAAUUAUUAUGGCUCCAUCCCCACAGUAUACUUUCACUGCAGCUCAACAGACAAGUUAAAACAAUCCCAGGAAUCCAUAUAUAUCAGUCUUUUAGGUCAGAUCAUAGCACAGGCAAGCAGUAUUCCGCAGGCAUUAAUAUCUGCAUGUCUCUUCGCUGAACGAUACGGACGAUGUCGCAUCUCCGUUGCCGACAGGAUCCCGGAAUUGCUCGCAGAAGUGCUUCGUGCGUUACCAGCACUUAACAUCGUCAUAGAUGGACUUGACGAAUGUGAAUGCGAAGAUAUGCUAGGUAUAUUGCGCCUGCUGAAUGGUAUUUCCCGAGAUCGUAAUUCUAUCCGUCUUUUAUUUUUCUCACGAGAUAUCCUUCCAUUGCGCAAGGAACUGGGCAUGUUGCCUUCUGUCCACAUCAAUACGAAUGCUGUUCAGUUAGAUAUUGAACAGUAUCUAAGAGAAGCAAUUGAGACUCUUCCUUGUACGGAAUCUCACCUAAAACAGUAUGUGUAUAAUGCGCUAUCCCAAAAGGCGGCGGGCAUGUUUUUAUUCGCUCGACUUGGUAUGGAGACACUGCAAGCAACAUUUAAUACUCAGGACAUGCUAGCUUCACUGGACAAACUCCCUACCGGGAUCUAUAAUGUGUAUGGACAGAUUCUGGAACGUUUAGCAUCAAAACCAUUUGCAAAUCAAUCUUUGGCACGUCGCAUUUUCCAUUGGGUAUGUAGAACUUCAAGGCCUCUCAAUUGGCUUGAAUUACAGUGUGCAUUAUCUUGGGACGAGGAAAGGAUGAUAUUUGAUGGAAAUACUGCGCCUUCCAAGGACUCAGUGCUAGAAGUUUGCUGUCCUUUGGUUGAGUACAGACCCGAUUCCGACACGUUUCACCUUGGGCAUUUGUCAGUCUACGAAUAUCUUCACGAUCGCUCGAAUUCUAUCUUGUUGUCGCCUCAAGCAGCUGGCUUUCUUCUCGAAGAGAAAUACUCGCAUCUUGGGCUAGCCCAAGCAACAUUGACGUAUCUGAGCAAAUCUGGGAUCGCCGAAUCGAUUAACCUGAAUUCACAGCAAUAUCCUUUAGCAAAAUAUGCCACGGAAAAUUGGUGCUACCAUCUAUCAUUAUCUGUGUACGACUUUAAGCUUCAUCGACAAUACGAAAAGUUCGUUGCAUCUGAAACCAGGAGAUCGGCUUGGAUUACAAGAUCAUUAUUAUCAGAAGAUCUACCAUUUCCCAUGCAUCGAAUUGCCAAACUUCAAAGGCUAGUUCAAACCUGGACAAAUCAAUCUGGUACCCUUGGGAAACAAUCCGCGGAGGAUUUAAUGGAUAUUCAAAAAGCUUUAUUCCGUCUAGAUGAUUUCAUACAAUCACAACGUCGAGGAGGACCGGGUAAUAUUAACGUUAUCUCUAACUUUGAGAGAUCCAUGAUCAUCCGAGAUUUGGCUAGGUUGUAUACUAUGAGUGGACAAAUAGAUAUGGGAGUUCGUGUUUUCGAGGAAGAGAUUACGAAGACUGGAGGUACCAAUUCAGGCAAAGCCUCAAAGGCGUGGCUACUAAAUAGUCUUGGGAUUCUCUACGAUCAGCAAGGAAGAUUUCGUCUCGCAGAAGCUAUACAGCGACAAGCUCUAGCCGUACAACUCCGGUAAAUCUCACAUACUCACCUCUAAAUCAGCUACAAACUAACCAACUCUCUAGUUUCCUCCCCCACGAUCAUCUCGACAUAAUAAUCACCAUCAACGAACUCGGCCGCGUCUGCCGCCACCUGCAAAAACAUUCCGAAGCCGAGUCCCUCCAUCUCCGCGCCCUCCGCACUCUAGAACCCCUCUUCCCACCCACAGACCACCACAUAACCUGGACCCAAAACGCCCUCGCACGCUGCUAUCGCUCUCCGCAACGAUCCCCCUGUCUUCCCCACGAAGCACUUGCCCUACACACCCAAGCCUACAACUCCAUGGUGCGAACCCUAGGUCCGCUUCAUCCGCACGCUAUCUGGACACUCUCCGAUACAGCGCGCUGUCUUGCCCAAUUAGGCAGACUAGACGAAGCAUUUGAAGUUCGUAAACGAGUUCUCGAUCAGAGAAUUCAAGUUCAUGGAUAUAUGCAUGCGGAUACAUUGUGGGCGAUGAAUUCGCUGGCGUUAUGUUAUGAAGGGAGAGGGGAGAUGGCUGAGGCGGCUGCUUGGCAUUCGAGGGCUUAUGAGGGCCAGGUGAAUCUUUUUAGUGAGGGGCAUGAUCAUGCGAAAUGGAGUUUGCGGGCUUUGGAUAGGACGGGGUUUGUGUGUUAGAGGGGUGGAAUGUGGGGUGGGUUUUGGUAUGCUUUCGGGGGGUUUACCUCCUGUUUUGUUGUUGGCUUGGUCUUCUUUUACUUGUUUUUAUAAGGUACUUUUUUUUUCGAUUUUGGGGGUUGUGACGGGUUCGGAGAAGUGAAUGUAUAGUACAGUGUGG